CGGGAACCCAAAAAAAAGUGCGUGGGCGUGUGUCGGCGCGCUGGCUCGGUUAUUUAAGCGGCGAGGGCGCGUGCGGCUCCAUCCUCCGCGCCGUCAUGGAUCUGAAAGUCGUGUGCGUGGUCGCCUGUCUGUGCGCCUUGGCCCUCGCUCCUGCUGAAGGCGCCAUCCCCAAAUGCUGCGUCCGAACGAGGUCUUACGUCAGCGCACAACUGGUACGGAACGCGUACAGGAUUGACAUACAGGACAGCACAGGACCCUGUGACAUCGAUGCAGUGAUACUAUACGUGAAGUACAGGAAAUCGCCAAUAUGUGUCAAUCCCUGGGGGACCGAUAAGAUGAUGAAAAAACUGGACAAGCUCAAAGCGUAACUGAAGCCAACUUCAUCCGAGGAGCAAGAGGCGUUUGAUGGAGCCGUGGUUUCCGGUGCAUUUGCCAUAAAAGGAGCUGGUUGUGUUUGUACAGUGGUGGAAAGUGACUCAAAGCAUUAGCAUCAGGAAGCAGCUUUUACUGGAGGUGUUCUUUUGAUUCCACUUCAUUAGUGGGAUAAACAUAAUUGUUUUUUAAUAAUGACCCAAUAAUCUAAUGACUUUACAAGUGCCAGUCCGCAAUAUGAGGAUGUUUACUUUACUACUGUAGCUCUCCUUGUUUGUAUUAAUUACACGUUUUUGUGUAUUUUUUUUAAUGGAGCAUGAUGUGAUGUUGUCACUUUUACUCAUAUAAACCUGUGAAUAGUUUCAUCAGUGCAUUAAAUGUGAUGUCUGACGUAUCUUCUUUUCUGUCUUUAAAGCUUUUUACCCUGUAUGUAAAUAUAAAAAUUCAGCCUUGGGAAUGUUUCUCACCUGUAAAGAAAUAAACUGAAAUUGUUGUAAAGUA